CUCCGGUAAUAGUAAUUGGCGUGUUCUUCUAGGACCUCCGGCCUCAGUGACAGGGUAGCAGCGUGGUAGAAGAUUGGUGGGGAAAGACGAACAGUAAAUCGAGCAGAGAGAGAGAGAGAGAUGUCACUAGUGGAUUAUGAAUCUUCUGAUGAAGAAGAAGAUACAGAGUUACAAGAACCAUUGAGAGAACAAAACCAGCAAAAAGAAGUGAAAGCAGCCGCCUCACAAUCCCCAGCUGCUCCAAGAGAGGUCCCACCCCCUUCUCGGAUCGAGAGCAAACAAGCAGAGCCGUUUUCAAAGAAGCAAAAAUUGGAAUUCUCCCAUCCAUCGCAACCAUCUGAGUUGAAACUUCCUGAUGCUUCAUUCCUCUUGAAUUCGCCUUCAUUGCCAGCUAAUCUUGAUCGUGCAUCUGACCAUUCAUCUCGGGUGGCAGCAGCCAUGGCUGAAAACGCAACAAAGAAGAGAGACUUAAGUGGGCCAGCAUCCAGCAGCUAUCCACGCAGUAAAGUCCCAAAAGGUCCAUUGCCCCAUACGAAGAAUUUUCCUGACACUGUAGGUGGUCAUCUACUUCCCCCUCAACUUGCUGGAAGGAGCAAUGUCGUCACAGAAGACAUAAGCAAGCUGUUUGUAAGAAAGCAAGCCAACUCUUCAUCUUAGUUGAUGAACAAAAUCGGCUAGAGUUUAUACGACUUGUAGAAAAAUGCUCUUGUUCAUCUUGUAGUUGGUUUAUGUACUACAAUACUGGCAAUUGAUUUCACAUUCACUAUGCAUUUUGUUGCAUACAAUUUGCAUCUAAAGUCAGUUUGAAAUGAUUGUUGUUCAAUU